AUGACAGAUACGAAUGAGGAUGAAGCCACGCAACAAGAACAGCUGAAAACUAUGAUCUCGGAAGAGAUUGGAAGGGCAAUGCAAGCAAGUAUUCCUCAUUUAGCCCAAGAAGUAGAAAGUCAUGUGCUAGAAGUGGUAGAAUCAAUGAUGGCGAGUAAGAUGGACGAGUUAAAGGGAAUGAUUAAUGUAAUGCAAGAAAAGAAAGGAACUCGCAAGUGCACAUACAAAGAAUUUAUGGCGUGCAACCCGUUACCAUUCAAAGGAGAAAUUGAUCCUAUAGCAUGUGAAAGGUGGAUUACAAGUACGGAAGCGGUGUUCAUAAGGAGUCAUUGUGAAAAGGAGGAUCAAGUGAUGUUCGCCACCGGUUUGCUACAACUCCGAGCUAAGGAUUGGUGGGAUGCUUAUAGUAAAGAGCUUGGGGAAGAAAAAGUUCAAGUCUUGACAUGGCAAGAGUUCAAGGAACCUUUUCUGAAGUACCACUGUCCGCAAUCUGCCAUUGACAAGAUCCAAGAAGAUUUCUUACAUCUUCGUCAGAAAGAUGAAACCAUUGAUGAAAUCACCAACGUUUUCCUUGACAAGCUGAAGUUCUGUAAAGACAUAGCAGGAACGGAAAGAAUGGAGAUAAACCGUUAUUACGGUAUGUUGAAGGCUGAAUAUCGGGAGUUCAUAAUUCCCGCUAAAUGUGAAACUUUGAAUGAGCUCAUUGACUUGGCCCGAGAUAGGGAGAUUGAAAUAAGAAGACAAGCAGAAAGAGGCGAAAAGAGAGUAUCUGAGAAUGUUUCCAGCUCGAGCCCUUCAAAGAAACCAAAAUUUCAAGAUCAAAGCAAGAAGGAUAAGGCGAAGGGUAGUAUUCCGAAAUGCAAAACGUGUCCAAAUCCUUCUAGAACGUGUUACAACUGUUUCCAAUCGGGUCAUAUUAAGGCUGAGUGUCCCAAGCUUCAACAGAAUACCGAUAAGGAAGCAAGAAAGGAGGAAGCCCCAAGAGCUAAGGGGAGGAUGUUUCAGAUCACAACCGAAGAAGCGAAGGACCACCCGAAUGUUGUAUCAGGUAUAUUCUCAUUGAACUCGAUGCCUACGUACGUGUUAUUUGAUACUGGUGCCAGUAGAUCGUUUGUAUCUAGUGAACCAGUGUCACACCCCUCUUUUAGAAUCGAAAGAAUGCAUGUACCAUUAGAAGUAGAGAUAGCUGAUAGUAAGAGUUAUCUGUUGCACGAAGUUUGUAGAAAUUGUGAAAUAAUCAUUGAAGACGAGAAGUUUGCCAUUGACCUUAUUCCCAUGAUAUUGGGGGAAUUUAAGGUUAUAGUUGGCAUGGAUUGGCUAGCUAAACAUCAGGCCGAAAUUCAAUGUGAGAAGAAGGUGAUUCAUGUGUUAACAUCGGGAGGAAAACGAGUAAGCAUACAAGGGGAAAGGAAUAUCAAUUUGAAGCUUUGUUCUAUAGUCCAAGUAAACAAGUAUGUACGAAAUGGAAGCAAGGCAUUUCUAACAUAUGUGGUGGAUACUAAGCAGAAUACCCCUAAGAUAGAAGAGGUUGAAGUCGUGAAUGAGUUUCUCGAUGUUUUUCCGGAAGAAUUGCUGGGGCUUCCGCCGGAACGUGAAGUAGAUUUUAAGAUUGAAUUGUAUUCCGAUGCCAAACCGGUAGCCAAGGCUCCUUAUAGGUUGGCCCCAACUGAAAUGCGGGAGUUAAUGGUACAAAUACAAGAAUUGCUUGACAAGGGAUUUAUACGCCCGAGUGUGUCGCCAUGGGGAGCGCCUUUAAGAGUGCGAGAUGAGGAUGUGGCAAAAACGGCUUUUAGAACGCGAUACGGGCAUUACGAGUUCUUGGUAAUUAAAGCCGAACAUGCAUGCCAUUUACGUGAGGUUCUUGAAGUACUUCGCAAGGAGAAAUUAUACGUGAAAUUCUCCAAGUGUGCUUUUUGGCUUAGAGAGGUACAAUUUCUCGGUCAUGUGAUUAAUGCGGAUGGUAUCUUAGUAGACCCGUCGAAGGUGGAAGCCGUUAUGAAGUGGGUACCUCCCAAGAACCCAAGUGAAGUAAGAAGCUUUUUGGGUUUAGCAGGCUAUUAUAGGGGUUUAUCCAAGACUUUUCUAAAUUGGCCUUGCCGUUGA